GUCAACAUCGCCAUUCCCACUACUAUCAACUUGUUAAUAAAAGCACAACGAGACUAGUAGACCUUCUAGUAAGUCUUUGGCAGCCAGUUAAGGAUCCAAAAAUUACUCUAGCACAGUUAUUUAACGAAAAUGUCGGUCUCGAAUCACGAGGCGAACUAUACGCCCAGCAUGUGGAGCAAGAGAUUUGGCCACGUAGAAGUACUGCAGUAUCAUUACAAAUUUAUUACAGAAGCCACAAAGAAGGCUCGUAAAACCCUCAAGUGCAAACUUGACAUUCCAUAUGGACCUACAGACCGAACUAAGUACGAUAUAUAUGGAACAGAUCUACCUGAAGAUGCUCCGAUAUUUGUAUUCAUACACGGUGGAUAUUGGCAAGAAGGUAACAAAGACAUAUCUGCUGUUGCUGCGUCAGUUUUUGUAGCGAAUGGAAUCAAAGUUAUAACUGUUGGCUACGAUCUGUGUCCACAGGUUAAAUUUGGAGAUAUAGUAUCGCAGAUCAAAAUAGCAGUCGAAGAGAUAUUGAAGUCUCCUUCGAACCAAAAGAGUAGGAGUGUAUGGAUCGCUGGUCACAGUGCAGGCGCGCAUUUGGCAGCUAGUCUUUUAUUCGAUGAAUCGUGGCUGAAUAGAAUGACAGAACAGGGACAUUUGAGUCUGUUGAAAGGUAUCGUCAUAAUAGGUGGUAUCUUUGAUUUGAAAUCCCUUCUUGGUACUACUAUUAACGAUGCUCUAAAGCUUACGCAAGCCGACAUCGACGCGUAUAGUUUUACCAUCGUCGACACGACAAAGAGCAAGCCCAUACGGGGAUUGAAAGUCAUCGUAACCGAUGGAGAAUGCGAUACUCCAGCGUUCAUCGAUGAAUCGCGUAAAUGUGCCCAGAAACUGGUUACAAUGGUGGACGACGUUGAGUAUAUUUUACUCAGAGAAAAUACCGAUCACUUCGACAUCGUAGAGAGGCUCACCGAUCCAGAAUUCGCCUUGACAAAGGCCUUACUGAAUAACAUAACUCGCGACUAACAAGGGCAAAAGUACGCAAAUAAAUAACAUCAAGUCGUACAGU